AUGGUACUUUCAGAAAAGUUUUUAACACAAAGCCCUUUUGUUCUAAAGUACCAAGUCAAAAGUCCACAUUUGGAAGCGCGGUAUUGUUUACCCUCACUAUCAGAAUUUCCGCCCCUCUUCGACCUUUUGGAACAGGCGCCAACGGUUCUCGGGGGCACAAAGCGGCUGAUAUCGGCCGUGUAUAUAACCGCAACGGCGGUGCGCGCGCGCACACUUGCGCUCUCUCACCGCUGCGCUAUCGAUUUCCCGCCCUUUGUCGUAUUCAUCGACGCGCGAGUUUCCGCGAGUGAGACGGCGCAGCAGUCGCGUGAUAGUCUGUCAAAAUGA